AUGGCGAGGGAGGGAGAAAUGCAGGAUAAAUCGGGGCAAAUUGCGGUAUAUUUUUGCCAAUGUGAUCCCGCCUCGAGCGUUGAUGCUGCGCAACCACGCGUAAAAAUACCUAGAAUAUCUAAUAUCACGCCAUGGCCAAGACGACGAGCUGUUCCUCCCGAUUUUUACAACCUCUUUCGUUUCUCAUUUUAUACUGCUGUCGUACUAGUCAGCGCAACUCGCAAAACACGCUGUGCAGCAUUUUUACUCGCUGAUGGUUGA